AAUCACGCAAAAGCCGACCUUUCUCGAACUUUCUCUCUCUUGACAGGCGUGUGUGGUUCUCUCUCUCUCUCUCUCUCUCUCUGCAAUCCUUUGCGAUUUUCCCCUUGUCGAUCACUGCAACAAUGAGUGACCACGGAGAUAAGACAUGUCCUCUUUGUGCUGAGGAGAUGGAUUUGACAGAUCAGCAGUUGAAGCCUUGCAAGUGCGGAUACGAGAUAUGUGUCUGGUGUUGGCAUCACAUCAUGGAUAUGGCUGAGAAGGAGAAUACGGAAGGGAGGUGUCCAGCAUGUCGCACUCCUUAUAACAAGGAAAAGAUUGUUGGCAUGGCAGCAAAAUGUGAUAAGGUAGUGGCUGAGAUGAACAUUGAUAAAAGGUUGUCCUCUCGCAAGGGAAAAAGUAAAACAGCAGAUUCUAGGAAGCAACUUAGCAAUGUGCGAGUCGUUCAAAGAAAUCUUGUUUACAUUAUGGGGUUGCCUCUCAGUCUAGCUGAUGAAGAUCUUCUCCAGAGGAAAGAGUAUUUUUCUCAGUACGGGAAGGUUCUGAAGGUGUCUAUAUCUCGUACAGCUGCUGGCGCUAUUCAACAAUUUGCAAAUGAUACUUGUAGUGUAUAUAUUACCUAUUCAAAGGAGGAGGAAGCAAUUCUGUGUAUUCAAUCUGUACAUGGGUUUGUUUUGGAUGGUAGACCUCUAAGAGCUUGCUUUGGAACCACAAAAUACUGUCAUGCUUGGUUGAGAAAUGUGCCCUGUACCAACUAUGAUUGUUUAUACCUGCACGAGAUUGGGUCUCAAGAGGAUAGCUUUACUAAAGACGAAAUCAUAUCAGCUUACACAAGGAGUAGAGUUCAACAAAUUGCUGGUGCCAUUAAUAGUAUGCAACAGCGAUCAGGGAGUGUGUUACCACCGCCUGCAGAGGAGUACUGCAGUAACAGCUCUGCUUCUGUAGACAAGCCUAUUAGUAAAAAGGCUGCAACUAAUUCAGCACCCAGUGUUAGAGGCUCCCCACUAAAUAGUAGCUCUGGUAGAUCUGCUGCUCUUCCUGCUGGAGCUUCAUGGGGAACACGUGCAUCACAUAAUCAACAUCGACCUGCCAGUGUACCAUGUUCUAAUGGACCUCUUAAUAAGAAGCCCCAGACAUGUAAUCCAACGGUAUUUUCUACAGCUGUUGAAGGCACAAGUGAGGCUUCAUUACUGCCUUCCUAUGCAGGAAAAGUAGUAGUUCAUACUGAAGAUAGUGGAACUACUCAAGAGAAAGGGAAAAUAGAGACUUUAGAACCCGUUAAGCAGCAUGCAGGAGCAGAUCCUCGAACCUAUACUUCUGAGAACCCCACUAUUCCGGUACCUCCUUCUUCGUCAUCUAUGAACGGUCAGCUACAUAGUACCCCGUCCAUGUCUUUGAAGGACAAAGAUAAACAUAUGAUAGCAACCAGUAGUACAAAUGCAUUCGAUAUUUCUGUAGUGUCUAACGGACCUGGUUUUACCAAAGAUUCCAGUGAUGCCACAGAUGUUAAGAUCCAGAAUGUAUGUUCUGAUAUGUCGUCGUUGAGCAUUGGUAGACAAAAAAAAUCACAGCACAUCUACAUUGAUCAAUAUAAGGAGUCAAUGCCGUUUGAAUUGACCGGGGUAUCUGCGACUUCUGCAGAUGAGAUUUGUAUCUCAAGAGAAAAGUCUGACGUGAGAUUGGAUACGCAGAGCGAAGUAAUGCAAGUUUCUACUCCUGAAAUGGAGGAUGAUUUGCUAACCUUUAAUGAGCAGAGACAUAGGGAUCCUGAAGUAGUUAUUGAGAAAGUCUAUUUACCAAAUCUUUCACUCUCUUUACACUCCCCAGCUCAGCCUAGUGGGUAUUCUCCUCAGCUGACUAAUGGUGUUGGACCUGUUAGUGCCAAUAUGCAGUUGGACAGGAGAACAGAUUCAGUAUCACAGCCUUUUCGUGUUGAAUCAUUGACUAAUGGAUACCUGGAGAAUGUAUCGAAUUCUGUGGCUGAUUUGCAAGCUAUCAAUAGAAGUUAUUCUCCGUUGCCUGACGAGGGUAAGAGGAUGCACGUGGAAAGGUUUCAAAGUGAAGCUCCUAGCGAGAACUGUAGUACUAAUGUAGAUACUGGAGAGAGCAGUAUAAUAUCUAAUAUUUUGUCUCUGGAUUUUGAUCCUUGGAAUGAGUCAUUAACUUCUCCUCAGAACCUUGCCAAGUUGUUGGGAGAAACUGAUGACCAACAAGGGUCUCUUAGAGUGUCAAGCUCAAGAAAAUUAACCAGUAACCAAUCGAGGUUCUCUUUUGCAAGAGAAGAACCAACCAAUCCUGAUUUUCAACCGUCUCUAAGUUACAUUGAGCAAAGUUUUAAUCAUUAUCCUCAUGGUCAUGAUUUUCCUAAUGGCAGAAAUUAUCAACUUGAUAAUAUUGGUACUCGUAAUGGAUUCUCCUUAGCUAAUAAUGAGGAAACAGUUGGUUUUGGCAGCAGUUUUUCUCAUCUCUCUUCCAAUAAGCUAUCAGUGUCCGGACCUCAGAUGUCAGCACCUCCAGGGUUCUCAGCACUAAACAGAGCACCACCCCCGGGUUUUACUUCUCAUUAUGAAAGAAUGGAACAAAAUUUUGACUCUCUCCGUGGAAGUCACUUGCAUGAUGCCUCCUCUUUGCAUAAUCAACAUCAGGCUUUGCAAGUUGGAAAUGUGAGUAAUGGAGACAUUGAGUUUAUGGAUCCUGCUAUUCUGGCAGUUGGUAAAGGGAGGCUUCCUAAUGGCCUUGAUCUCUCAAGCUUGGGCAUGUCUUCAAGUUUUCCUCCACAAUUAAAUACUUUCGAAAAUGAGGGAAGGCUUCAGUUACUGAUGCAAAGAUCUCUAACUCCGCAUCAGAACCAAAGUUUUGCUGAUAUGGGCAACAAUUUUUCUCCAUUCGGUGAUGCUUAUGGAAUUUCUUCCAGGGUUAUGGAGCAAAGUCUGGCCAACAAUCAACCCACAUAUGAUGGAAUUUCUUCUAGGGCUCUGGAGCAAACACUGGCCAACCAUCAGUCUCCAUUUUCACAGCUCAAUGUUCCCCAGAGUAGGAACUCUGUCAUGUCAAAUGGCCACUGGGACAGCUGGAAUGGGGUUCAGAGUGGAAACAGUUUGGGUGUAGCGGAACUCCUCCGAACAGAAAAUCUGGGUUUUAACAAGUUCUUUACCGGAUAUGAGGAGUCAAAGUUCUAUAUGCCCAAUUCUGGCAAUUUGUAUAAUAGAACAUUCGGGAUGUAAUUGUGGAUCAGAGGUUCUUUUGGGCUGAGUAGCUUUAAAGAAUCAAUGAAUCAGAAUGACCACGUGACUUAACUGAUUUGCUCUUAAGAUGUUCAAAUGGCUAAGUAGACGUGAGGAAACACGACAGUCUUGCUCUCUGAAAGGCGAUGUUGAUUCACGCCGUCUGCAUGAAGUUGGCUUUCAGAUUGGUGUAGGAACAAACCCCCUAAAAUAGGGUAUCCAGAAACCAACAGUUGAAAGCUGAGGUCGAGGCUCAACAUGGUGGUUUAGAUAGAGCAUCAUGAUUGACUGAAUCGGCAGGUGAUUCUCCAGUCAGUGUUCUUGGAUGUGGUUGGAGAAUCAGGUCAUAUUCACACACUAGAAAAAAGAUACUGAAGACAGCUCAUUUUUGUCGAGAGGAAUAAUGCUGUAGCUUGUUUGCGGGUAAAUUGGGAAGAGGUAGUAAGUUGAAAUCUGUUUUUUGUUUUGCUCGUUCGCCUAAUUAUUUUGCGAACGAAGUUCAUGUUCCAACUAUGAGGUGGACAAGACUGCUAGUGCACUGACCAGAUAAAGAUAAAUGUUUCAUUCUUUGUUGAAGUGCUUAUUCUCCCUAUAUCCUUUAUGAAGGAUGGCCUGAAUUUUUGGUCUGUAUCUAAAUUGAAACUAAGGCAUUUUAUUACAACUUGUUUCCAUUGAUCGGUA